CACCUGCUACAACUGCGGUGAGAAGGGCCAUCUGAGCCGCGAAUGCACCGCUCCCCAAGCCGAGAAGACCUGCUACCGAUGCGGUUCCGCUGGACACAUUAGCCGCGAGUGCACCAAGGACGGAGGCGCGCCUAUGGGCGGUGCUGGCGGCGGCCAGGAGUGCUACAAGUGCGGAAAGCGGGGAUAUGGAGGAGGCUAUGGCGGCGGCGGCGCUGGCGGCUAUGGCGGACCCCGACAGACGACGUGCUACUCAUGCGGAGGCUUCGGCCAUAUGAGCCGCGACUGCACCCAAGGCCAGAAGUGCUACAACUGUCCCUCUUUUCAACGCCGAUUGCCUGGUCUGGACUUGAUUUUGAACACGACGAUCACCCUUUUCAAUCACGCUGGAUCGGGAGCUUCGUUAGUUUGGCAUGAACCCAUGAUUCACGGGCCAUCGGCAUUUACGAUUUUCCUUCACUUGUACAUGUUCUCAGUUUGCGGCUGGCUGCCGUCUUUCGACCCUUACGAAAAAGCAUCAUCGCCCGCCAUUAUUGGACUUGGUUCUUGGCUGGCUGGCCCUACAGUCAAGAGAACGGUUACGGAAAAGUCACGAAUCAGAAAGAUUUUGCGCGGUGGAAGAUGGGGGAGAGGAUUCUUUGGAGCAGAGCAGUGGGAGCGGUGUCUUUUCUGGAUACUUAAAAGCACGGGAGGUAGGCGGACGUCUCGCUCGAGUUUCUUGCUGCCGCAGGAUUUCUAGAGCCUUGGAUGCGAAGUCGAUCACGUAGGAAAAUCGGAAUUGAUAUCCUGUCUGCGGACGUGGAUGCUGAUCACUCCUCAUUACACUAGUUUUCUAUCCUGUUUGUGCAGACCUGCCACUUUACCCUUCCUCUCGCUUCGCCACU